AUGAUGCGCUUUGUUAAUUUUGGAAAGAGUAUGAAAUACAAUUUCAACCAUUUGAACACAAAAGCAUGCUUAUACAAGUCCCUUUUAAGCGUCCUUCACUUUCUUCUUUUUGGAGUCAAUAAAUUCUGGAUUGAACUCAGUUAUUUUAUUAGUUUUUCUGUUAUUGGGUAUUUGGCUUUGAAGAUUUCAAGUCCAAAAGAUGCCUCGUUUUCUCCUCAAGAUUUUGACAUAUUUUUCAUGUCUGUGUCUGCUGUGACAGUUUCUAGCAUGUCAACGGUAGAAAUGGAGGUUUUCUCCAAUGCCCAACUCAUCCUUUUAACCAUUUUUAUGUUUCUUGGUGGGGAAGUUUUUACUUCUUUGCUUGGACUUCAGUUAAUGAAGUUCAAGAGAAGUCAUCAAAUUCAGAAAACAGAAAAUAAAAUUGACAGAUUUAGCACAGACGAUCAGCAAUUAGGAAAUGAUCAGAAGCCUGAUUCCAUACCCGAAUCUGGAGUAACAUCAUUUCAGGGUCAGGAGUCUAUAAAUAGGGCCAGUGACCUUCUGGCUUUCAGCAUUUUAUGUUACCUCUUAGUGGUUCAUCUUCUUGGCUCUGUAUCAAUAUCCAUCUACAACAGUACCAUUCCUAGUGCUAACGAAGUGCUAAGGAAGAAAGGGCUUAAUUUGAUAACAUUUUCGGUAUUUACCACAGUUUCUACAUUUGCCAAUUGUGGAUUUGUCCCAACAAAUGAGAAUAUGAUGGUUUUCAAGAAAAAUUCUGGCCUUCUCCUGAUUAUGUUUCCACAACUUCUCCUGGGGAACACAUUAUACCCUGCAUGUCUUCGUUCCUUCAUCUGGUUCUUGUCAAAAAUAACAAAAAGAUCAGAGUUCGCUUACUUGCUGAAGAAUCCAAGAGCACUGGGAUAUGAUCAUUUGUUCUCUGAUCUUCACUCUAUUUUUCUUGCAAUUACUGUUUUUGGAUUCAUAUUGGCGCAGUUCGUACUCUUCUCCCUGCUGGAGUGGCAUUCUGGUGCCACGGCUGGUCUUAGUGCCUACGAGAAGUUGAUGGGCUCAUUGUUUCAAGUUGUCAAUUCCAGGCAUGCUGGUGAAUCUGUUUUUGAUCUGUCCUUAAUCACUCCAGCCAUCAUUGUGUUAUUUGUGCUCAUGAUGUAUCUACCUCCAUAUACUUCCUUCUUACCAAUUAAGGAUGGGAAAUGUUUUCCGGCAACUGAAAAGAAAACUAGAGCCAAAAGAAAAAACAUUCUAGAUUACCUACUAUUCUCGCAGCUGACUUAUUUAGUGCUGUUUGUAAUCCUCAUAUGCAUCACUGAGAGAGAAAAAUUGAAUGAAGAUCCUCUCAACUUCAACUUAUUGAGCGUUGUAGUUGAAGUGAUUAGUGGCUAUGGGAAUGUUGGCUUCUCAAUGGGCUAUAGUUGUGGAAGACAAGUUAAACCUGGCAACAAUUGUAAAGAUGCAUCCUACGGAUUUGCCGGAAAAUGGAGCACCCAAGGAAAGUUCAUUCUCAUCAUUGUCAUGUUCUUCGGAAGGCUCAAGAAAUUUAACACAAAAGGUGGUAAAGCUUGGAGACUUUCAUAGCUUCAA